CACUUCGCUGCGCAAUCAAGCAAGCACGGAAAUAACUAAACAGCUGUUCUACAAUAUUCGCUCGGGCAACUCAGGCAGCAGCUGUGCGAGGCGAACGAACACGCAGCCGUUUUCCUUGGGAUCGCGAUUGUUUGGAGUUGCUCUCAUUGUUAUAUUACUCGUCGUGUAGUUUGGACCAAACUUCCAUUUUUCAACGUUUAUUGCUGCCAAGAGUCAUACUUUCUCUGAGCUUUGCAGUAUUGGCGUUCGAAGUGUGUGAAUCAUAAAUAAUCCGUGGCGAUAUGUUUACCAAAAAUCGUCGUUCGUUGUUGUUGUGACGAGAAAUGCCUCGUGAAUACGUGGACGAGAGUUCCGGAGUGUUAUGUCAAUUGAAUCUCCUGUAGAUAGUGAUUUUAGUUUUAUAAAGUAGAAAAGUUUACUGACAAUGUCUAACACAGUGCCAACUAGUUCUGCUCUGAGAGCCCUGGCGUUGGAGUACAAGAGUCUGCAAGAGGAGCCCGUGGAGGGAUUCCGAGUGAAGCUCUUGGGGGAGGACAAUUUGUUUGAGUGGGAAGUGGCAAUUUUUGGACCUCCAGACACAUUGUACCAAGGUGGAUACUUCAAGGCACAUAUGAAAUUCCCUCCAGACUAUCCAUAUUCACCUCCUUCCAUUAGGUUUUUAACGAAAGUAUGGCAUCCAAAUGUAUAUGAGAAUGGCGACCUGUGCAUAUCGAUCCUGCACCCGCCGGUGGACGAUCCGCAGUCGGGCGAGCUGCCCUGCGAGCGCUGGAACCCGACGCAGUCGGUGCGCACCGUGCUGCUCUCCGUCAUCUCGCUGCUCAACGAGCCCAACACCUUCAGCCCUGCCAACGUGGACGCCAGCGUCAUGUACCGCCGCUGGCGCGACUCCAAGGGCAAGGAUAAGGAGUACGAGAAUAUUAUCAGGAAACAGGCCCAAGUAGCGCGUAUGGAUGCGGAGAAAGAAGGAAUAGUAGUACCUCUUACUUUAGAAGAUUAUUGCAUUAAAACCCAAGUCAAGUCGACGACGCAGGAGCCGCAGCUGGACAUGACGGACUUCUACGACGACGAUUAUGACGAUCUCGACUCGGACUCGGAGCUGGACGGCGGCGACGGCGACGGCGACGACAGCGGCAACGGAGAGUCGUGAGGCCGCCCGCGCCCGCGCAAGCGAUCUCGCGCAACCGCGUACGGACCACCCCAAUCCCCCCUCUACUUACUCGUACCUUACGGGCUCCGCGUAACCAUACUUUCUGCCGCGCAGAAUUAUUUGUCUUCAUAACCUGAAUUUUGGGUCAAACACAAUACAAACAGUCUCUGUACAGAUUAAUGUCUAUGCAAUGCCAUCUUUCUGGGUUACAGAGAUAACCAAUCUUCUUAAAAGUAAAUCUAUACAGAAUUACUUGUACAAUAAAUAUGGAUCUAAGCACACGGUAGUGCCCAGGACAGGUCGACGCACACCGUGUAGGUACUAUUCAUACGACCCGAUACGAGUAAUUUUUAACCUCUAAAAAAUACGUCUUUAAAUUCAAUACGAACUUACGAAAUUAAAAGACCUGUCACGUAAUUCCAUAAAUAAAGGUUAUAAUUUAAAGCCCUUGUAUUCUACUUGUAUUGAGUGCUACCAAUAAGACUACUCGUGUUAAUUCGCUUACGUCACGCGAAACCGAAGCCAAAGCUACGUCUACAAAUUGUUCCCUGCAACUAACAACAUCCACAAUAAGUCACUAUACGUUGCUAGAUUAAGACUUGAAAAUGUAACUUUGCAAUGGCAACACUGUCUCUAUAACGACUGCCACGAUGUAAUCUCAUAAAAUGUGAACGUGAGGACUAUGCAAUGUACCUCUUAAGACUUUGUGUUCAAAUUGUAGAGUCCAGUUUUAAAAUUAACAUGAUAGUUUUAAUAAACUCUAUCUUACCUUUCCCCUAAUAUUACUCUUUAAGUUACGUUAUUUUUAUUAAGUCUAAUUAAAAUUUCCAAUGUUCUUCGACACCAAAGCUUGGCCCAUGCUUAAUAAAAAAAACAUUCAGCUGAAAAUCCCUCCUUUCUCGUCCUACACAUAAAUAUUUAUAGAACACUAUGCCGUUGGGCAUAAGUUCUUUUCUCAUAUGGAAAUUACUACCUAUGUUUUAAUAAAAUUUAUGUAGAGAAAAAUUUGUUUUAAAUUCAGUAGUAUUUUAGUAGUGUAUUUUUAUGUAUAUUGCUUUCGUUAUUGAGUUACGAGAUACAGUUUCUUCACGAUGUAGCCGGUUAACCAAGCGUGCCACAAAUUAUUCAUAGAUAACGUUUACACAACCAAUGUUACCUACUUGUAAAAUGUUAAUAAUGCCUGUAUGUGUUAUCACUUCAAAGAUAAUUGUCAGAUACUUACUAAUACUUUUCAUUCAAUAAAACUAAUACAAUAUACUCAUUAUAAAGGUUUACCGAGCAAUAUCAACGACUUGUUUGUGACAUUAAACGCAGACCUUACUACAGUAACUCAAUUUUUAGAGCACACUUGUCUUAAAUGUCGAAAAUAAUUCAUUUAGCAAUUUUCUCUAACGCAGUUAGGUCUACUAUUAUAUACGGCGAUACGGAUCACUGUUUAUCACGUUGUUUUAACAAAAAGCUUGGCGAGGUAUAGGUAGUUAAUCUUGCGAUGGAUGGGAAUAUUGUCGUAAGCUUAUGGUUAUGUUAAUUUCUUUCAAUCCAUGUGUUGUUAAGACGAACCAUCGUAGUUGUUAGUCGGUUGUUAGUCUCAGUAGAGUAGAUAUAGUUGGCUCCACAUUUCGAAAACAUUAAUCAGCUAGAGGUAACAAUUUCUCAGAAAAAAGCUCUUUUUGAAUAUUUCAGAAAAUGUACUUGGUAUCGUAAUGCGUAUCGAUAUAUUUCUUUAGCCCUAAUGUUUUCUUAAUACUUUAGGUCCACGUCCGUACCGCUUGCUUGAACUGGAUAGUUAAUAUUUAAUAAAACUAAUAACAGUGAAUGAGUCAUUAUAACAUUUAAUAUUUGAUCGCAUGUUCUCAUUACGUAAAUAGAAUAUUUUCUUAGACAAAUUAAUUAAUUUUGUCAAUGUGUGUAACAAGACUUCUGUGAUUGUAAAACAUUAUUGCCAAUUAUUUGAAUUGUUUAUUUUAUAUAUUAUAGUUUAAUUCUUUUAGAUUAUUGAAAUAUUGAGAAGCAUAAUUAAUUGAACACGUCAUUGCUGUUUUUGUAUUAUUUUUUAAUAUAUGUAACAGGCAUCCUUAGUACUUCAAACAUUGAUAUAAACUUUGAUCUGUAAUAGAAGGUCAGUGAUUUCAAAUCACAUUAUAAACAUCUCAUUAUUUUAACACAUUUAUCUACAUCACCAGCUAAGUAACAAAACACCACAAUAAUGCCUCAUAGUAGAAGUAAUAAACUUAAAAUUGUAAAUACAUAGUUACAUUAGCCAUACAAGCAAUAAUACUAUAGAUAUUCUGUGACAGUCCAGUGCGCAGUAGAUCUGAGUGUACAGAGAUUUUAACAAUAUUAAAUGCUAUACAUUUGGAGUAGGUAUGCUCAAAUCAUCAUAUUAUUAUGAUAAUAAUACUAAAGAUACAGUAUAUUAAGAUAUAGAGUACAUGCAUAUAAUUAUUAUUUUAGUAAUCCAUGAACGAAAUUAUCUGUAAUGUACAUUAAAUACCUAAGUGAAAAUGGAGUAUAAUGGUUAGUGUGCACUAAGAUAUUUAGGAUACACUGUAUGAAUGUACUUGUAAGGCUUAGUUUAAAAUGUCUACAGUUUUGGCUUCUAAAUUUCUAAUAAGCUGUGUAUGUACAACACUUGUUAUUCAUCGAUCUAUGCUGUUCUUUAUUCCUAAACAAUGUUACGUUGUCAGAAUUUAACAUUUGCUAAAACUCGAUUUUAAAAUCGUCCAAACUUAUCAUUUAAUUAGAUUUAAGUUAGUACGUAAUAACCGGUUUGGAGAUCAUUGUAGGCAAAUUUCACGAUGAGAAUGUUAAUUACAAUAUUUCAUAAUAAACAGAAUGUGUUUGGAA